AUGAACCUCUCCAAAUUAUCAAUCUUCCAGCCAAUACCUAAAUCGGGUGUUACAGUUGUUGGCGAUCGACUGCCGCCUUUAUCUUUAUGCUAUGUGGAAUAUGAAGCAAGUUGGUUGUUCUCCACCUUCGACUGCACCACGGUGUAUGUUCGCCAGAAGGAAGAUCCAUGGAACUCAAUCAUCGCCGGCGCCGCCACUGGAAAUUUUUUGCAGAUGCGGUAUGGUUUCCACCCCGCCAUUCUAUCUACUUUUUUUGGUGGCGUUCUGUUAGCCAUUAUCGAAUGGGCUGGGAGCAUGCUUAAUAAGUUUACGAGCGCUCAACAGCAGAUGCCUGUGCUGAUCAAAGAGGCGCCACAAUCAACUCCAAAUAUGAGUCCAGGAUUUGAUUUGCCUAAUCGAGCCUCGCAACCUCAGAUGUAA